CGAUCCAUUUCUCUGCAGAGAAUUCAAGAUGAUGAUGCCCAUACACGGAAGUGUUGAUGAUGCCCAUACAAUCCUUGGAGUUGGGGACGACUACCAGACCCAACCCGUUCAAGAGAUGGCGGCUCCACCUAAUAAUGUUGAGCUGGAGGCUGCAAAGUUUCUGCAUAAACUUAUUCAGGAAUCUAAAGACGAGCCAAAAAAAUUGGCUACAAAACUUUAUGUGAUAUUACAACACAUGAGAUCAAGCGGGAAGGAAAAUUCAAUGCCAUAUCAAGUGAUAUCAAGACGUUGUCCAACAUGUAUGAGUGGCAUAUAUAUAUUCGUCAAAAGCAGCAUUAUGAACGCUAAAAUGGUGGAAGACAAUAGAGGGAGAGCCACUAGGAGCUUCAUGAUCAUCUCAUAGUCUGGACUUUCCUAGGUAAUUCAAGUAUUUGUAUCAUUAUAAGGUUGUUUUAUAUGACUUUUGUACCCACCGAUCCCCAUCUCUUUUUUUAGAGUUCGCAUUCCAUCUUGUGUUAUGAAAGUUUUACGUUAUCUCUUGAUAUGUUGUUUAGUUGCAUACACAUGAAUUAUUUUCGGUGUUUGGGCGAUUAGAGAGUAGGAGACAUGGGUCCGGUUGUAAGGAAGAAACAGCUAUUUCACUUAAUAACUCAUGUCCGAGCGGAGUGCUCUGAGCAGCAUGUUAGUUUGAUGACUCUUGGAAUUUUUGUUUUUCAUAUUCUCCGUCAUUUUCUUUUAACCUGCUUCUUCA